UCACCAUAACCGCCACAAUGUCUCAAAAAGUCAUCGCAGUCACCGCCCCCAAACAAGCCACCCUCACAAACCGCCCCCUCCCCACCCUCCGCGACGACUACAUCCUCGUGAAAACCGUCAGUGUCGCCAUUAACCCCACUGAUUGGAAGCACGUCGAGUACCUUGCUCCCCCCGGUGUCCUCGUCGGCUGCGACUACUCCGGUGUCGUCGAGGAGGUCGGCAAGGACGUCAAGAAGCCGUUCAAGAAGGGCGAUCGGAUCUGCGGAUUCGCGCAUGGAUCCAAUGCCGUGCAGGCUGAGGAUGGGACCUUUGCCGAAUACAUCGUUGUCAAGGGCGAUGUGCAGUUCCAUGUCCCUGAUUAUAUGAGCUUCCAGGAAGCCGCGACGCUGGGUGUCGGUGUGAACACUGUCGCGCAGGCAUUGUACCAGUCUCUACAAUUGGCGCUUCCCACGGAUCCCGUUAAGGAGAAGACCCCCAUCCUGAUCUACGGUGGUUCCACGGCAACCGGUACCCUGGCGAUCCAAUUCGCCAAAUUAUCCGGCUACACAGUCCUGACAACCUGUUCCCCCCGCAACUUCGACCUCGUCAAGAGUCUCGGCGCAGACGCCGUGUACGACUACAACGACCCCAACUCCGCCUCCAAGAUCCGCGAAGACACCAACAACAACCUCAAACUCGUCUUCGACACCAUCUCCCUCGAAGACUCGGCCAAGUUCUCCGACAACGCCCUCUCCACUGAAGGCGGCGACUACAGCGCGCUUCUGGUCGUCGGCAUCGAGCGCGAGAACGUCAAGGACCGGUGGACUCUGGCGUACUCUAUUAUCGGCGAGGCGUUUGAUUUCGGUGAGGCCAAGUUCCCGGCUAAGCCUGAGGAUAGGGCAUUUAUUGAGGGCUUCUUGCCGGUUGCUGAGAAGGUGUUAAAUGAGAAGAAGAUUAAGGUUCAUCCGGUUAAGGUGUUGCCGGAUGGGUUGAAGGGGGUGUUGCAGGGUUUGCAGGAUAUGAAGGAGGGCAAGGUUAGUGGGAAGAAGCUUGUGUAUAAUGUUUCGGAGACUCCGUAAAUAGGCUAUCGUAUAUAAUAUUUCAAUUCAUGUACAUUCACA